GACGCCCUCGUCAGUGAUGUUCAAAGUUAGCGUAUGAGAGACAGUGAGUCAUACUCACGGUCUCCAAGGGACUCUCCCAAUGGCGUCCUGCGCCAUCCGCGGUGGAUGCCCCAGCGACUACCUCGCCGUUGCCUUCUCCGUCCUCUCCAUUACUCUGCUUUUUGCUCGUGCAUCUUUUCCUUUUCUGGUUCAUAGGGAUGCUAAUGCAAAAUCAAGUGGUUUUUGGCUUGUCAUAAUUCAAAUUAUUGGAAGCUUCAACCUUUUGUUAUCAUUAGUGAUGUCAGUCAAUUAUUUUACGUGGAACAAACAAAGAAUGUGGCAAUCAUGCUACAUCUGGGCAGUGUGGGUUGAAGGUCCAUUUGGGUUUGGAUUGUUACUGAGCUGCCGCAUUGUACAGGCCUUCAAGCUGUACCAUGUGUUUGUUAAGCGGCGGUUCCUUCCAGUCAGAUCACGUGUGCUACUUCCAUUGAUUAUCCUACCAUGGAUUGGGGGAGCAGCAUUUAUUCAUAUCAGCAAGCCUCUAAAUCAUCAUUGCCAUAUGAGUAGCCAGUGGGUUGUACCCAUAGUUUGCAUCCAUGGCUUUUAUAUUGCUGUCUUGAUUGGUGUUACAAUGGCGGUUCGUCAUAUUGAGUUCAAGUUUCAUGAAUUCAAAGACCUUUUGCGGGGAAUUAUUGUCUCAUCUAUUGCAGUAGGACUUUGGAUUGCUGCUUACAUUCUUAAUGAUGUACAUGAAGAUAUUCUUUGGGUUCAAGUUGCUUCUAGAUUCUUCUUGCUGGUUACAGCGAGUAUAAUGGUGCUACUUUUCUUCUCAAUAUCAGUUUCUCAACCUUUACUGUCUCAAAUAAGCUUAAGAAGGCGGGACCUUGAGUUCCCUACAAUGGGUCAAGCUCUGGGGAUUCCCGGCAGUGGGUCUAUUAAUCAAAAGGCUACCAUAUCAACCGAUUUAAGCCAGCCUCUGGAGAAGCUUUUGGCAGACAAGAGAUUCCUCUUAUCUUUCAUGGCCUUUGCUGACAGUUGUCUGGCGGGGGAGAGCAUUCAUUUCUAUGAUGAAGUGAGUGAGCUUAGCAACAUACCUGUCACCGAUCCUGUUACAAGGGUCUAUAUGGCAAGGCACAUUAUCGAAAAGUACAUCGAUUCUGGUGCAGAAAUGGAGGUGAAUAUUUCACACAAGACCCGUCAAGAGAUUUUGAACACGCUCGACAUUGCUCACACUGAUCUUUUCAAUCAUGCAACAAAUGAAAUCAUACAUCUAAUGAAGACGAACUUGGUGAAUGAUUACUGGUCAUCGGUAUACUCUGUGAGGUUCAAAGAAGAGACUCUGAGACAACAUGACAGCUACAAGUUGGAACAAAUGGUAUGGGAUUUCUCUCCCAGGCUAAGUUCUGUUCAAUGCAGUGAUGAUCCGUUUCAGCAAGACUAUAUAAACCGAUGUUCUUCAGCUCGGAAAUCCAAUGUGCUUGACAUGGAUUCCCGGUGAUAACUACAGAAUUGAUGAAUAGGCAAGUCUGUCUAAUGCCUCCUGUCGAAUGGCUGACAUCAUAAAUUCAUUGACAAUGAGGUGUUCUUUUUAGAAACCUUGAGAGUUAUUAACAGAAUUGUAAAUAACAAAGAUUUCGAGUCGAAACCUUAGUAAGGGUCAAUCAUCUUGUAAUGACUUCGUGCUGUGCCUUCAAAGAUUUUUAUUGUGAUGUAAUAUCAUUGUUUUGUCA